AUGGCGCAGUUAAAUGACGACAGUCAACAAGACGUUGAUUGCACAGAGAUCCUAAGCCCACAACCAUUUGCCCCUCAGGGCAAAGGCUUCCUCGUAUCCUCCCUCGAAUCAAGUAACGAGUCCUUUUCCGCCGAUAAUGCCCAAAUGUCCUCCACCCAAGAAUAUGAAUACAACUCUUCCUCUUCGUCCAACCGCCAUUCAACAAGCGACGUCUUCGGCCGUGAAAUGGACGAUGAACUAGACCAAUUGAAAUCCAGAGCAUCGAGUCGCUCAUCGCUAUCCUCAAUCCCAGCAUCCGUCCUCGUCCACCCAGUUGACAGAAUGAAACAAAUGCCAGACAUGGACAUCCACGAAAAGAUAGCUGGAUACAGAAUAGAAGAGUCCGAAGCUAGCUUUGGCGACUUCAAUGAUAUCCCCGCCAACGUUCGCACUAUCCGUCAGCGCGAAGCCGCCUUCCGCAAACCGAGUUCCGUCAGGGCCAUGCAAAUGCACACAGAAGACGAAGCCGAUGAUGACGAGUAUCUGACUCCCCCGCGCCGACGACAAGGCCACCGAUCGCGAUCACCUGGUCCCUCGCCACUGAAACGAUCGCCGUAUUACUCGCCCAAUGCACCGAAACAAUCAAAGCCCAGGAAGGAGGCCCCGCUUGUGUUGCUGCAUUGCAGCUUGCUCCCGCCGUCCAUCCCAGUACCUGGAGCAUCGGACCCCAGAAACCAGGAUAUUUUGGAAGACGAGCUACCGGCGGAAUACUGGAAGCGCUGGCGGCGACUGCAGGACCGGGUUGGAUCGGGCGUGCUGCGCGAUCGCGGCGUGUUGAUCUCACACCCGGAGGAUCUAUACGACAUUCUAGAGGAGCGGUUGUUGGAGAGUCUCGAGCUACAACGACCACGUCUGCAGAAUGGCCAUUUCGUAGGCCGGGAGGACCAUAGCUCUGGCUCUGGCUCCGAAGGAGAUUUCUCGGAUAUCGGGGAGAGCGAGACGGACGGCGAGCAGGGUGAUGAAUGUCCCGACUGUGGAACACAUGUGCGACACGGAGAUAUUAACCGCAAAUGGGAGAUCCGGGUAUUUGCCGCGAACGGGCUGAUGCGCGCUGGAGCUUGGGCUGCUGCGUGGCGCGAUAUGGAGAAGGUUGAUGUCGAGGUUGGCCUUUGGUUGCCUUCUGAUGUACGUCGUGGCUUGGAGAGGAGGCUUGCGGAGGAGCAGAUGGCGGUUGUUGAGCACGCUCAGAGUCAGAUUCCGCCGAUGCAGAUGCAAAUGCAGAUGUCGCCGAUGGUUGAUGGUGGGCAGCAGGUCCCGCCGGAGAUUCUGCAGUCGCCUAGACAAAGCCAUGCUCGGAUGAUUGGUGACGUGGGGUCUGCCCAGUCCGAUGAGAUGAUGUUUAGGCAGGCUUUCCCUGAAGCUGCAGCUCGGGUCGACCAUGCGCCUGAGAUCAGACAUGAGAAGAAGGAACAUGAGGUUGCUCUUUCGACUCUCUUCGUCAAUUAUAUCCGUGUUCUGGCGGCCGAUAGGCGCAACAUCGCCCUACUUCUUCUCAGUUUUCUUGUGGCUUUCCUUGCCAUCGGUUCUCGCCAGCAGCAGAUUCCAAUAUACUCCGAUCUUGGUUCUUUCUCGCAGCAGUCCCCGGAUAUGCCAAGUUUCAGCGUGUCUCCAUCUUUGUCUCCAUCUGCCUCUCUUGCGAGCGAUUCACUGAUCGUGAGCUCAGUUGGCUCUUUGCCGAAUUCCGAAUUUGUCGCUGCAAGUGAGAGAGAGGUGACUCCAAUGUCUGAGACGGCGAAUUCUGCUUCUAUAACUAUUGACUCUCCUGACUCCCAUGCCCAGCCUACACUCCUCGUGGAGCCUGCAGAGACCUCAGCACCGCCCCAGCUGUUGGAGGAUUCCCAGACUCAACUCGAAGAGACCCCAGACUCCUCUUUGGCUGCCCCCUCCAUUGAAUCUCCCGUUGUGCCUUUGGAGCCCGCGGAGUUUAUGGAGACUGCGCAGUCUCAGCUUGAGGACAACACGGAUACUGCUUUGGAUAACACUGUGGACUCUCCUGUUGGGUAUUCAGAGUCCCCUCAUUCUCCUACUUACUCUGUCGAGUCCUCUACUUUGUCGGAUAUAUCUGCCGAUACCAUAGUACCUCAAUCCGGGGACAGCGCACAGGACUCUUUGGAUGAGACUGUGGACUUGCCUGCUGCGUCUGAACAGCCUCCUUCUUCCUCAGACACGUCUGCAGACAAUGAGCAGCUCCAAAUUGAUAGCGAAGCAGAAAUUCUUUUGGAUGACACUACUGAAUCUCCCGCUAUGCCUGCAGAGUCUUCUCCUUCAGCAGACUCUAUCGAGUCUCCUUCUUUGUUGGAUGUGGAUGUGGAACUGGAGACUGCACCGCCUGAUACUCAAUUUGAAAAAGACGACCAAAGCGAAGAAUACGAAUAA